CUUCCUAUUGGCUGUCCCAGGCGCUGAGGCUGAUGGCGGAAGGAGUAGCGGGGGAGCGAAGCAUUAUGGCGGCGGCGACGACAGCGAAGACGACUGAGGCGGAGAGCGCGCAGGAGAUGAUGGAGGUGGACAGGAGGAUCGAGUCUGAAGAGUCAGGAGAUGAUGAAGGAAAGAAGCAAGCCGUUUGCAUAGUAACAGACCUCAGUCAACAGAGUUUACGGGAUGAGCAGAAUGGCGAGAAUUCAACAGUAGAUGCAGAGACACCAGUGGACAUGGAGACGAUUAGCCUGGAUCCAGAUGCAGAGGAUGUUGAUCUGAAUCAUUUCCGAAUUGGCAAGAUUGAGGGAUUUGAGGUGCUUAAGAAAGUGAAGACUCUUUGUCUCCGCCAGAACUUGAUUAAGUGCAUUGAGAAUCUGGAACAGUUGCAAAGUCUAAAAGAGCUGGAUCUCUAUGAUAAUCAGAUUCGAAAGAUUGAGAACUUGGAUGCCCUGACAGGUCUGGAAGUCUUGGAUAUUUCAUUUAACAUAUUACGGCACAUUGAAGGGCUUGAUCACCUCACUCAGUUAAAGAAGCUCUUCCUUGUAAACAAUAAAAUCAGCAAAAUUGAAAACCUAAGCAACUUACAGCAAUUACAGAUGUUAGAGCUGGGAUCUAAUCGAAUCAGGGCAAUUCAAAAUAUUGAUACUUUGACUAACCUGGACAGCCUGUUUCUGGGAAAGAACAAAAUUACCAAGCUGCAGAACCUUGAUGCGUUGACAAACUUGACAGUACUCAGCAUACAGAGCAAUCGGUUGACCAAGAUUGAAGGGCUGCAAAGUCUUGUGAACCUGCGAGAAUUGUAUCUUAGCCAUAAUGGCAUAGAAGUCAUUGAAGGGCUGGAAAACAAUAAUAAACUUACAAUGCUGGACAUUGCUGCAAACAGGAUCAAAAAGAUUGAAAACGUCUCCCAUCUAACAGAACUUCAGGAAUUUUGGAUGAAUGAUAACCUCAUUGAGUGUUGGAGUGAUCUGGAUGAGUUGAAAGGAGCCAAGAACUUGGAAACGGUCUACCUAGAGCGAAACCCUCUCCAGAAAGAUCCCCAGUAUCGACGUAAAAUCAUGCUGGCCCUUCCAUCCGUCCGGCAGAUAGAUGCCACAUUUGUCCGAUUCUGAACCAUUUCCAAUCCCUCCUCCCUUGCCUUCCUUCCUCUCAGAGUGUCACAGCUGGAAUUUUUAUCCACACUGCACCCUCAGUCUUCAGCCCAUUGACACUUACAGAGCAAAUGGCCAACCAAGAGCACUGAUAGCAGACCUUGAAUAUAAUGUGCACUCUUGUUGUUUUGGAAUAUUACUAUAAUUAUUAUUAUUAUUAAAUCUUAACAUGUGAGA